CAGGCGAUAGUCUGGGUUUGAUCGUCGCUUUGUGAAGACUAACUACUGGGACGUUGUGCAGAAACUUCCGCACACACUUCAAAGCGGAGAGCAUACAUAUGUAUAUUCAGCUUAAUAUGAAUUUCUUAAUAACUGCGGUUUUAACACUCAUAGCGACACACGGCAGCGCGUCCAGUUUAAAUGUUGUUAGUGACGAUAGCAUAGCCAGUGCCCCAUUGCCUGCCACUGGCGCUGCUGUCGAUGAAGUGGUAGUCGAAUCUUCGCUCUACAUCAAACCAAAAACCAAUUUGAAACCACAGGUGCGACGUGUGCGUAGCAUACCUUUUGAUAUGCCUUUAAAUGACGCUUCAUUGCUGGAGCACGUGCGUGUUAAGCGUCGACCACAAUUCCAGCCCCUCACACCACAAUAUGGACAAUCGCAGGCUACCGCUGAUGCCUCAGCCUUUGAUAGAAAAGGCCCAAACUCGGCCGCUUCGAAUGCUGGUUCACAGGCGUUCAAUGCUUUUGGGCCAAAUGGAUCGUUUGGCGCCUCUUCAGCGGGCACCUUAGCCCAAACCUCGCAGUUGGGAUCGCAUGGCUUUCAAAAUUCCGCCGGCGCUUCGAUGAGUCAAAUGUAUCGGCUACCCAAUGGACAGGUAAUCAACUUUGCCAGCACAAACAGUUUUGCUAAUGGACCCUUCGAAAAUAAUGCCAACAGUCGCGGAUCUGCAGUGUCUGUAGGUCAGGCUUAAAGUUUUCAGUACUUGAACAAUUUAAACGUGCAAUUGAUUUUGAUUUAAGUUAAAAGAUAAUAUUUCGCAAGUAGAAGGAGUUUGCCAGUAGGUUUGAAAAUGUAUUAUUGCAAGGUUAUGAUAAAGUCCUUAGUCACCGUUGUCGCGUAAUUUAAGUGGUGGAGCUUCGGAUUUAAAUUUGAUACCACUGCUGUGCUUACAAAUAAAGUAAAACAUGCUGCAAUUA